CGUGCAAGCAUCAUGUUCGUGCAAUCACGCUACGCCAAACCAAAACUGUACCUACGGAGAAGGAGAAGACCGAAGAUGCUAUACGCCCACUGCUCUCCCACCAUCUGGUUCUGUUGUUUUCUUGCAAUUGUAGUAUUUUAAACCACAAAUAAGAGACCCUUGGGAAAAUUAGAUAACGGAUUCAGACUUUAGACGACUUGAAAGCUCUCUCUCCGGAUUUCUUAACUUUCUGUUUGGUUAUUGAGAAUCUCAACAGGCGAAGAAAAGAGGGACUGACGAUAUCUAGAAUUGGAAAGUUGGAUUCUUCAUCUCAGGUUUGGUUUCUUUCAAGCAAAAAAAAAUCAUCUUUAAUGGUCCCGAGUUUCUCUCUUUUCACACUAACGUUUCUCUUCUUUCACAUUAACCGUUGAUUUCUCUGCAAUUAAAUUUUGCUGUUUUUUUUUGACAUUUUUGCUUUCCUUUUCUACAGCGUAUUGAUUUUUUUUUUUUCCAUUUAUAUAUACAUUUUUUUCGCCUUGAUUUUUUUCGUGUGUGGCUGUGGUCAAUGUUUCUUGUUGGGUCCCUGUCGUAAAUCUAAUUGUUUCAUUUGUUCGUUGGUAUUCUCUGCAACAAGCAAUUAUUAAACCCAAAUGGUAUUCUUCUCCUUCCUGGAACUUUUUAUGCUUAAAUGGAUUUGCUAUGGGUACUGAUUCUUGUUUUAUUGUCUCUGAGUAGAUAUAAUAUGGCAAUGGCGGACAGCAAUUCUGUGUCUCAUUCUGGGAAUGCCUUAAACCUUGAGUCGGUGAGAGACUCUUUGAUAAGACAAGAGGACACCAUUGUUUUUAGUCUGAUAGAGAGAGCAAGGUAUCCCGUCAAUUCUCGACUGUACAAUCAAACUUUGGGGUUGGUUCCUGGGUUUUCUCGGUCCUUGGUUCACUUCAUUGUUAAGGAAACGGAGGCUAUUCAAGCCAAGGCCGGGAGGUAUGAGAAUCCAGAGGAAAAUCCCUUCUUCCCAAAUGGUCUACCACCCUCAGUGGUGCCGACUCAUAAGUAUCCUCAGGUUUUGCAUCCCGCAGCUGCCUCCAUUAACAUAAACGAGCACAUAUGGGAUAUGUAUUUUAACCAACUUCUUCCAUUGUUUGUUGCUGAGGGUGAUGAUGGCAACUAUGCGUCAACUGCUGCUAGUGAUCUUAACUGUUUGCAGGCCCUCUCUAGAAGAAUCCAUUAUGGAAAAUAUGUGGCUGAAGUUAAAUUCAGGGAAGCUCCACAAGAUUAUGAACCUCUAAUUCGUGCUAAGGACAGAGAUGCUCUGAUGAACUUGUUGACGUUUAAGAAUGUGGAAGAGAUGGUGAAGAAGAGAGUUGCAAAGAAGGCAACUGUGUUUGGGCAAGAAGUAACCCUUGGAAACAAUAGCAGUGGAAAUUACAAGAUUGAUCCUUUGAUAGUUUCUCAUCUCUAUGCAGAAUGGGUAAUGCCGCUCACCAAGCUUGUUGAAGUUGAGUAUCUCCUUCGCCGACUGGACUGAAAACCUUAUAUCGUUCACGAGUAAUCGAUGAAUAUUUUCAUUAUUCUAAAGAACACAGGAAUCAGAUAUCCAGCCCAUGCAAAAUGUCCCAUUUAGAUAUGGAGAAGCAUGCUCCAGUAUGUUCAUUGGCAUUUCAAUGCAUGUGUUAUGCCUUACUGAUUAUGUAAGAUUUUAGAAAUAAAACAUUAUUUGGUAUGA